GAAGCCAUCGGAGACCCCACAGAACUUGGUUGGUUUCACCAUUUGCAUUCUUUUGAUUUGGCUAUACCCUAAUUCUUAUCUUCAACACAACUCACUCUACUCUCCAUCCACUCAACCCAAUUUUCUCUCCUUCAUCUGCUCUCCUAUCUUCUCUCACUUAUGCACAAUAAUAAAAGCCUCUUCAUUUCUCUUCCUCUAGUUUUUCUCCUUCUCAAACUUCUUCAUCCCCUGCCUCUUAUUCCUGUAGACUUUUUUUUUUGGUUGUUUUUGUCUUGAUUUGUAGCGAAAUAAGUUUUGUUUGAGGAGUGUUUUUAUCUUUUUCCCAGGGAAAAAUUUUUGUGUGGUAGCUAAUAUCUUAACAAGUGGCAUAUAUUGUUCUGGGAAUAUUGUGGUUUAUCUCUCUGGGUUAUUCUCCUUCUUAAUAUCUAGUCUCAAUUCGGCACCCCUCUGUAUCUUGAAACAAAGAAAAAGAAAAAUAUCUUAUCAUUAUCUGUUUCUCUUCCUCAUCUCUCUGAAUUGGCAUAUGGGUAUUUGUCGUUUUUCUGAGUCUAUCAAGAACCUAAUAGGAAAGUAGAAAGGUUAAUAGAAAGUGGGUUUCUCGGGAAGCAAACAGACAAACAUAAAAGGUUGAACUGAAAAUAUUUGAAGCAAGAUGAAAAUCCAGUGCGACGUGUGUGAGAAAGCUCCUGCUACAGUAAUUUGUUGCGCGGACGAAGCAGCUCUGUGCGCCAAGUGCGACGUGGAAGUUCAUGCAGCGAACAAACUAGCCAGCAAACACCAGAGGCUUCUCCUGCAGUGCCUCUCCACCAAGCUUCCCAGAUGUGACAUAUGCCAAGAUAAAGCAGCUUUCAUUUUCUGUGUGGAAGACAGAGCUCUCUUUUGUCAGGAUUGUGAUGAAUCUAUUCAUUCAGCUAAUAGUCUCUCUUCAAAUCACCAGCGCCUUUUGGCAACAGGAAUACGAGUGGCCUUGAAUUCCAGUUGUAACAAGGACACCAAAAAGAGCUGCUUAGAGCCACCCAAUCGGAACCCUGAACAAGUUUCAACAAAAAUGCCAGCACAAAGCCUCACUUCAUCUUGGUCUGUUGAUGACUUGCUACACUUUUCAGAUUUUGAUUCUUCUGACAAGAAGGAGCCGAUCGAGUUUGGAGAACUGGAUUGGCUAACAGAACCAGGCUUUUUUGGUGAGCCACUACCUCAGGAAACCUUGGCAGCUGCGGAAGUUCCUCAGCUUCCAGUAGUACCACAGUCUAGCAAUUUUAACUCAUAUAGACCUGCCAAAUCCAGUGCACCCUUCAAGAAGCCUAGGCUCGAGACCCCAGUUGACGAUGACGAGUUCUUCAUUGUUCCUGAUCUUGGCUAAACUUUAACUAGUAUGGGUUCUGUGGCACGAACUGAUAUAGGGUACAUGAAUUGUAGACAGUAAUACCUAACUACAGAUCUGCAUGUGUUUAUGUAUGUAAGUGUGCAAGAGCUUAUAAAUGCAUCUUAAAGAGUAUACUGUUCUUUAGCAACCAGAAAUAUGUAUUCUUAGGAAUAGGUUGCCUUCUCCUUUCCCUCUCAAUCUUUCAAUAUAUGUUAUUUUUGUCCUCU